CUCUCAAACCCAGCCGGAGCUCCAUUCAAAGUACACGAGAUCCGGAUGAGAGCCUCGUCCGAGCCUCAUCCAGCGCAGCAGACCCGAGUUUAAAGCGAACACAGCCGGGGAAGAGGGCUUCAGGAACCGCUCCAGAGUUGGACAGUCUCCCCCCCGGGUUUCACAAACUCUUGUCCGCGAAGUGGAUUUGGGACAAGGAGGCGCAAGUCUUUACAGAGGAGAAAGAGGAGGAGAGAUUAUCAGCCAAGAUGGAGGUGAAAACAUCACUUCUAGACAAUAUGAUUGGGGUUGGGGAUAUGGUCCUUCUGGAGCCCCUGACUGAAGACACAUUUCUGGAGAACCUGAAGAACCGCUUUGACCACAAUGAGAUCUAUACAUACAUUGGCAGUGUGGUGAUCUCCAUAAACCCCUACAGGUCCCUGCCCAUAUACACGCCAGARAAGGUGGAGGAGUAUCGCAACAGAAACUUCUAUGAACUUAGUCCCCAUAUCUAUGCUUUGGCAGAUGAGGCCUACCGCUCACUGAGAGACCAAGACAAGGACCAGUGUAUCCUCAUUACAGGGGAGAGUGGAGCUGGGAAAACUGAGGCCAGUAAGCUGGUGAUGUCAUAUGUGGCGGCAGUGUGUGGGAAGGGCCAGGAGGUGAAUAAGGUCAAGGAACAGCUGCUGCAGUCCAAUCCUGUGCUGGAGGCAUUUGGAAAUGCCAAAACAGUACGCAAUGACAACUCUUCGAGAUUUGGAAAGUACAUGGACAUCGAGUUUGACUUCAAAGGAGAUCCACUGGGUGGAGUCAUCAGCAACUAUCUGCUGGAGAAGUCCCGUGUGGUGAAACAGCCAAGAGGCGAGAGGAACUUCCACAUCUUUUACCAGCUCUUAUCCGGAGCCUCGGACGACACACUAAAAAAGCUCAAGCUGGACCGGGACUUCAGCAAGUACAACUACCUGAGUCUGGACUCGGCUGUGGUCAGUGGCUUGGACGACGCAGCCAACUUCAGGACUGUCAGAAAUGCCAUGCAAAUCGUGGGCUUUAUGGAAGAUGAAAUGCAGUCAGUGUUUGAGCUGGUAGCAGCCGUGUUGAAGCUCGGCAACAUUGAGUUCAAACCAGAGUCGCGCUGCAACGGCAUCGACGAGAGUCGCGUCAAGGACAAAAACGAUUUGAAGGAGAUGUGUGAGCUCCUGGGCACUGAACAGUCUGUGCUGGAGAGAGCCUUCAGCUACCGAACAGUUGAGGCCAAGAUGGAGAAAGUUUCCACCACAUUGAAUGUGGCCCAGGCCUACUAUGCCCGUGAUGCCCUUGCUAAAAAUCUCUAUAAUCGUCUGUUCAGUUGGUUAAUUACCAGGAUUAAUGAGAGCAUAAGAGCACAAGCUAAAACGCGCCACAAGGUCAUGGGUGUACUGGACAUUUAUGGCUUUGAAAUAUUUGAGGACAACAGCUUUGAGCAGUUCAUCAUCAACUAUUGUAAUGAGAAGCUGCAGCAGAUCUUCAUAGAGCUGACUCUGCGUGAGGAGCAGGAGGAGUACAUUAGAGAGGGCAUUGAGUGGACCAACAUCGAGUAUUUCAACAAUGCCAUUAUCUGCGACCUCAUUGAGAAUAACCAAAAUGGUAUUUUGGCCAUGUUGGAUGAGGAGUGCCUGAGGCCGGGAACCGUCACCGAUGAGACCUUCCUGGACAAACUGAACACGAUCUGCGCUGAGCACCAACACUUUGAAAGUCGCCGUAGCAAGAACUCAAAGUUUCUCACUGACCAUAGCCUGCCACACAACUGUUUCCGCAUCCAGCACUACGCUGGCAAGGUGCUGUACAAAGUUGAAGGAUUUGUCGACAAGAACAAUGAUCUGCUGUACCGAGACCUGUCCCAGGCCAUGUACAAGGCCAACCACAGCCUCAUGAAACAGCUCUUCCCUGAGGGCAAUCCUACCAAAGUCAACCUGAAACGACCACCGACUGCUGGAUUCCAGUUCAAAGCAUCUGUUGGGACACUGAUGAGCAACCUGCAGACAAAAAACCCCAACUACAUCCGAUGCAUCAAGCCCAAUGACAAGAAGGCAUCCCACAUUUUCACCGAGUCUCUGGUCCGCCAUCAGGUGCGCUACCUGGGUCUGAUGGAGAAUGUCCGCGUGAGGAGAGCAGGCUAYGCCUUCCGUCAGGCCUACGAACCCUGCCUCGAGCGCUACAAAAUGCUCUGCAAGAAGACUUGGCCACACUGGAGGGGACCUUCCAGAGAGGGUGUUGAGGUGCUAUUAACUGACCUGCAGGUUCCAGCAGAAGAGUUUGCAUAUGGUCGCUCAAAGAUCUUCAUCAGGAACCCAAGAACGCUCUUUUUCUUGGAGGAAAAAAGGAAGCAGUGCCUAGAGGACCUUGCAACUCUGAUUCAGAAGAUCUACAGAGGCUGGAAGUGYCGCAGUCAGUUCCUUCUGCUGAAGAAGAGCCAGAUCGUGGUAGCAGCAUGGUAUCGCCGAUAUGCGCAACAAAAGAAGUACCAGAAGAUCAAGAGCGCUACAACUGUGGUUCAGUCCUAUGCCAGAGGGUGGCAGGCCCGUAAACUCCUUAGAAAGCUCAAGCAUGAGAAGAGAUGUGAAGAGGCAGUGACCACCAUUGCAGCUUACUGGCAUGGSACACAGGCUCGGAUGGAGCUAAGACGUCUAAAACAAGAAGUGCGGAAUAAACAUGCUGUGACAGUAAUUUGGGCAUACUGGCAGGGAACCAAGGCCCGCAGGGAGCUCAGGAGAUUGAAGGAGGAGGCCCGGCGUAAGCAUGCUGUCGCUGUGAUUUGGGCCUACUGGCAGGGACUCAAGGUCCGCAGAGACUACAGGAAGUUCUUCAGGGCAAACGCAGGCAAGAAGAUCUACAACUUCACCAUCCAGAGGAUUAUGCAAAAAUACUUCCUUGACCUGAAGCGCGACAUGCCCUCCAUGUCCCCCAUAGACAAGAGCUGGCCUGCUCGGCCUUACUUGUUCCUGGAGGGAGUCCACACCGAGCUCAAGAGGAUUUUCCAUCUCUGGAGGUGCAAGAAAUACAGGAGCCAAUUCACGGAGGACAAGAAGGCAGUGUAUGAAGAGAAGCUGAAGGCAAGCGAGCUGUUCAGGAAUAAAAAGGCGCUCUAUCCAAGCAGUGUGAGUCAGCCUUUCAAAGGAGACUACCUGGAGGUCAACAAAAACCCUAAAUACCAAAAACUCAGCACUGCUGUAGACGAGAAGGUUCUGCUGGCUGAUGUGGUCAGCAAAAUCAACAGGGCCAAUGGAAAGGGUUCAGCUCGAAUACUCCUACUAACUAAGAAGAGUGUCAUUUUGGCUGACCAGAAAACUGGGCAAGUGAAGGCCAGCGUCCCUCUGGCAGACCUUGCCAAUGUUUCAGCCAGCACGCAGACGGAUGGCUUCUUUGCUCUCCAACUUAGAGAGGGGUCAGCUUCAGCUGUUAAAGGUGACUUCUUGCUCAGCAGUGAUCAUCUGAUUGAAAUAAUCACCAAAGUCUACUGCCUCAGCGCCUUGGCUGCAGAUAGAGAACCAAUCAACAUUGACAUAUCAGACGAGUUUCUGCUGCAGUUCAAGCAUGACAAAGUGUGUGUGAAGUUCAUCCAGGGCAGCCCGAAGAACGGCAACAGUGCCUCCUGCAAACGCAAAAACAACCGCCUGCUGGAGGUGUCGGUUCCCACGUCGCCCUAAUGCUGUCGCUGUGCUCUCUGCUCCCGCUGGUGUUCACACCUCCUCAGGCUGCAGGCGAGCUUGAACACUGACCUUCGACACUCUGGACUCAAAAUUCACCACGUCGGUGCCAACCAUGCAGUUAUCUGGCUUCUUAUGAGAUUUAUUAUGACGCCACUAUAGCUGAGAAAAUAGGCCACCUUUUUUUGGCAAAGAAAGCCCCCCUGUGUGGGUUGCGUGCCAUAGAAAUUUGGUGUAAAGAGCUGGUGCACAAGACUCUUGUACGCCAGUGGUGGUGUCACUGAUUGUUCUGCCUGUUUAGUAAAUUAGUUUUCUUAGAAAAUGUCAGAACUUCUUCAGGAGACUCAAAAGGUCUAAACUCAUCUGCUUUUAAGCAGCUGGCUGCAGYGAGGAGGCUUAAAAUUUGAGAUGAGUUGUGACAGGAUUUGGGCUUAGCCUGUCAUAUUUAGUUCUCUGACAAACUUGAAUGCUGAACUUGGUUUUUGCCUCUGCGACAAAUGGAGGAUGAUCUGACAACUGAACUGAUUGUAGUUAUUUUUUUCCUGAUUUUUCUCUUGAAUUAAAAGCACAGGGGGCAGUUGUAUAAAAGCUAAAGUCAAACAUAAUUUCAUAGAUUAAAUAUUUUAUAUCCAUUCCUAUGUGCCAAUAAACGGGUCUACACGACAUACAAUAUAGGCCAUCAUUCUUUUUAUAUACUGCUUUAAACAAAUGCCAAAAAUUAGCUCUUCUAAAACAGGGAGUUUAAUAACCUGGAGGCGGUGUUGGUUUGUUUUUGAUUGCACUACACAUGAUCCUUUUUUCCUCUAAACAUCUUUUAAUCUACGCAGCAAACAUAAACUAAACUCGCAUCAUUAAAUUCCAUUGUGUUCCAGUUCAAGAUGCGGACAAAGACUACAGAUGAAUCAAUGUGGUGACCAUAUUUUUGAUUCAAGUUCUAGCAUUUUCUUCCCCAAAAGCCAAACCCUUGGAAGAGAUAUUUUGUGUGCAAUAUUAUCUUAUUUUUCUGGCGAAAUGGUUGCGAACCACAGCGGUUACRCUUCCAGUGCCACAAGCUGUACAUAAGCUCUGUAAGUUGUAGCCAUGACGUUGACCAAGAGUUGUUUCACUUUCCUGAUUUUCAUGUUAUUUUUGCCACUGCAGCUCAAAUUGUUGUACUGCUUGACCCGCUCUGACCUAAGGGAAAAAGACAAAUAAUUGCACGAUUCUAUAGCGUUGAUCUAUCAGAAAUUCACACGUUUCAGCUAAUCGGUUGUCGUCACAAGUCAAAUCUGAGUAUCAAAAAAAAGCUGUAUUUUCAUGCAUGAUUAGAAUAAUGUUUAGAUGUCCAGGUAAAGAUUUUUGUACUUUUGGUGAGUGUGUGAUGGGUUAACUAAACCAAAUGUGGUAGAGUCGAUGUUUGCAAUCAGGGGUCUCUUGGUGUGUAAGUUAAAUAUAUUUUUAUGUAACAAACGACACAGGGAAACUGGUUUUCACGCCUGGGAGUGAUGAUGCUGGAUGACAAUUCUGUUCUGUUUCGAAGCAGUUAAUUUGUGUUUUUUGGUGACAUCUUCCCUGCUCGCUCUUCCCUGUUUUUUGUAUUUGAAGUGUGGGUAGCUCUGCGGGAUGACCUCUGCAGUCUUGUGCCUAAUGUUGACCUGUGUUUAAAAGAUGGAACAUGUUUUCCUAGAACUCAUUGUAACAUUUACAAGUAUACUUUUUAAAUUAAAUAAAUUCAAUAAAUGUUUUCCUAGA